AUGAAUCCGUUAAAAUCAUUAAAUAUUGACUCAUCAUUUAAUAAUACUACCUCCUUCUCACCAAAUUCUUCUAUUUAUGGUGAUAUUCCAUCUACUUCAUCAUCAAUGAAUUCAUUACAAUCACCAAAUUCUUUAAAUUCAUCUCUAUUAAAUAAUAGUCAAUUGAAAUUUUCUAUUGAUAAUAUAUUACAACCUCAAUUCGGAAAGAAUAUGCUUGAUUUUACAUUAAAUCCUCUCAACUUAUUUGCAGCAGCAAUGGCAGCUAAUACAUUUUUAACACAAAAUCAACAAAUAACAUUAGAUGAUAAAUUAGUAACAGCAGCAUUGCCAAUAUUUUCAGUAUCUCCAAAUCAUAACUCUCUUUCUGCAGCAUUCUCAGCAGCAGCUGCAUCAAUUAACCUAGCAUCAUCAACAGUUGAUGGGGGAAAUUUUUCAAGAAUUAAUAAUAUGACACCUACAUCACAAAGUGAAUCACCAAUUCAUAAUUCACCAACAACAUCAAACUCCGGGAACUCAACACUUCCUGCAUGGGUUUAUUGUACCAGAUACUCUGAUAGACCAUCAGCUGGACCACGUACACGAAAAAUGAAGCGUAAAGAUAGUAUUACCGGUGAAGAUGAAAAAAGACCUAGGACUGCUUUUACAGCAGAACAAUUGGAACGCCUUAAACAACAAUUUCUUGAUAAUAGAUAUUUAACAGAAAAAAGACGCCAAGAAUUGGCUCAUGAAUUGGGAUUAAAUGAAUCACAAAUAAAAAUUUGGUUUCAGAACAAAAGAGCUAAAUUAAAGAAAGUUUCUGGUAAUCCACCAUCAAGAUCAAGUUCAAUGAAUAUACCAAUAUUGCCACAAGGAUUAUAUAUGUCUUCAUCUUAA